CGCAUUUUUUUUUACUUAUAUAAAUCUCCUCACCUGCAAGAGAAAAAAAAAACUUUCAUUUUAUUCGUCGUCAGUUUCAUCUUGUUGCUUCGGAGCGAGCGAGAAUUAUCGUCGGAGAAUUUAUCGUCUCUCUCUCUGAAAAUUCUGAUCGGUGAAGAAUCGUCGGAUCGAAAGUUCGUUUAUCUUCUCGUUUACGUUUCCGUGAUUUAAAUCCUUUGGGGUUUUUUUUUCUUGGUAAUGUCUGUGUUUCUGAAUGUGUGGUUGAUUUUUGUUCGUACACUUUACUUUGAUCGAUUAGGUUUAUGUAUAGUUAAUUGAAAUUUUUUGGAAGAUUUCAGAAGAAGAAGAGAAGAAACAAUCCGUAAUCUAGACCCUUGAAUUGACCUAAUAAUAGGAUACAUAUGAUGACUAUGAAGCAGUCUUUGAGUGGCAGGGUUCUUAGGGGGGUCUUUGGUAUCUAUCUGUAGGAGGGCUUUUAGGUGCUGUUUCGGGAGAUUAAAGCCAGAUUCAAGGUGAGUCUGAGAGCUUGGUUCUUGUAUCUUCUUGUUUACCAAUGGGAAUCUAGGUCACUGAGAAACCAUCCUUCUUGUUGAUCUAGUGGAAAAAAUCGAUUAUUUUUCUAUCCCAAGUAGUUGCUUUUUCUUUCUUAACCUUAACUUGUGCAAUCUUCAUUCUACCUAAGCAUUUCCCCUUGAUAAUGAAACUCUUUAAUCAUCUCUGAUUUGGCCAAGAGUGUUCUUUUUUUUUGUCAUCUCAUCUAUGGUGGAUUAACAGAGGUUCCUCUUAGUUAUUCUUCAAGAAGGCGGCAUGAAUGCUCACUUUGUUUGUAGUCUGCUUAUCUCAGCUAUGGUCUCCAUAGUGAGUUUCCCUUAGAGCAUAUCUCGUUGUUGUCCAUGAUGAAGUUUUUGCUCCAUGCGGAUCUUGUGAACUUGCUAGUAGAAUUUUUCCGGGUAACGGCAUCAGAAGAUUUUUAUUCCUUCGAUUAUGGGGUUACCAUUUAGGUCAAGCCAAAACAGGUCAGCUUUAAAGAUGGGGGUCCAUUAACUAGGAGUACCCUUCAAGCCUUUGUUUCCUUAAAGAAAUUUCUGAUUCGUAUGUUGACUGAAGAGAUCUGGUGCAAAGUGGCAGUGGGAGGUAGGUCUAUCCUCUUUGGACACUUACCCAUCUCUUUAAAACCCGGUUAUCCCAAGUUUUAUGUCAGUCCCAAACCUUGUUUGAUGGUGUUUGCCUUGCUUUUACGAUAGGUUGGUCAUAUCCGGUUGAAACUGGAUAGAUUUCCCAAGAUUGAAGGACUGAAGUGAACACUCAAUGUGCUAAGCUUUUAUUUCUCUAUGAAAGCUCCAUCAACCAAGAGGGCUGUUUUUAGUUGUUUAACAGGGUAUUUGUAGAUCUUCUUGUUUUGGUGAUUGUUCCUCUUGGAGAAAGCUGAUUGGAGCUGUUUCAAAAAUGGAUUGUCUUGGUGUGGUGCAAUGUAGAUGGAAGCAACAGUUCAUCGAGUUUUUUUGCUGGAUUUUCAGGUGACUGAUAAUGUUUGCGAAAUGAGGAAUAGAUUUUCUAAAUAUUUUCUUACUUGCAGGUUUCAUAAGCUUUCCAUCAACUAGCAGUAUCUGCCAAUAUCACAGACAGAUAAUUCGUAAUGGGAGACGUAUAUUUCAACCAUUUCGCUCAGCAACUGCAGAUGUCUGACCAAGAGAAGGGUGAAAUGUCAAGACAUUCACACCCUCAUUCAAUCAAUGAAGAAUCUGAGUCGUCAACUCUGGAAAGGGUAGCAGCAGAGUCAUUAACAAACAAAGUCCUUGAUAGAGGACUAAUGGAGUAUGGAUGUCCACAUUACAGAAGAAGGUGUUGCAUUAGAGCUCCUUGCUGUAAUGAGAUCUUUGGUUGCCAUCACUGUCAUUAUGAGGCGAAGAACAACAUAAAUGUAGAUCAGAAGCAGAGGCAUGAUAUUCCUCGCCACCAAGUUGAACAGGUUAUUUGUUUACUUUGUGGUACUGAACAAGAGGUGGGCCAAAUUUGUAUCCACUGUGGAGUGUGCAUGGGGAAGUACUUCUGUAAAGUCUGCAAGCUCUACGAUGAUGAUACGUCUAAAAAACAGUACCACUGCGAUGGGUGUGGAAUUUGCAGAAUCGGAGGACGUGAAAAUUUCUUUCACUGUUACAAGUGUGGCUGUUGUUAUUCAAUCCUCCUCAAGAACGGUCACCCUUGUGUCGAAGGAGCAAUGCAUCACGACUGCCCCAUUUGCUUUGAGUUUCUGUUUGAAUCACGGAACGAUGUGACGGUUUUACCAUGUGGACACACAAUUCAUCAGAAGUGCUUGGAGGAAAUGAGAGAUCAUUACCAAUAUGCGUGCCCACUUUGCUCAAAAUCUGUAUGCGACAUGUCAAAAGUGUGGGAGAAGUUUGACAUGGAGAUUGCGGCUACACCAAUGCCAGAACCAUACCAGAACAGAAUGGUUCAGAUUCUCUGCAACGACUGUGGGAAGAAAGCAGAGGUACAGUACCAUGUGGUGGCUCAGAAAUGCCCAAACUGCAAAUCAUACAACACUCGCCAAACCAGAGGCUGAAGCUUUUUUUGAAGUUGAUUUGCUAUCAAAUGCAAUUAAGAGCUUUUCACUUGAUCCAAUAGUGUCAUUGGAUCCUUAACUUGAGGACUGGGUCUCUCGAGUCUAUCUCUUCUCACUCUCUUCUUCAAUAUUCUCUGAGUCGUCUCUUGUUCACUAGUCUAUAUGUUUCCUUGGUGUUGUUUGAUGGUCUGGUUAGUUUCCAUUGUGAUUCAUCUCCUUUGUAAUUCUGCGGCUUUAUUGAAAAGUUUCGUUUAAUCUGUUAAAAACCCUAAAAAAUUUGAACUUGUAUGAAUAAAAAAUUUUAGCUGCUCGCAUAUAUUAAUAGGUUUAGAGACUCUUAUUAAAGGCC